AACAAUUAUAGUAGCUUCUUCCGUGAGAACCUGACCUGGGUUGCUGCAGUUACUGCAUAUGUAGCCUUGAUUUUAAUUGCAAUGCAGGUCGGUCUCAUCGUGGAGCGGCUCCAAAAUAACCAUGUCUUUCAACAGGCAACAUACACCUUCACAAUGCUUGCAAUUCUGGGACCUGUAGGCACAACUAGUUUGGUGUCUUUUCGUGCCGUGACAGGGCUUACAAAUGACCUGCAGUUGAUUUUUCAGCAAGGGGAUAGCUAUACAAAUACCCCACCCACCGAGAAUAGCUGA